AUGUUACCGUCUACUACUACAUCAUCAGAAUAUGGAAAGGAAAACAUGAAUGUAAUAUUGAAAUCUCGAAAUGAAAAUACUUGCGACAACUCUCCAGACCAGUAUGCGUCAUCAGUACCAGGAAUAUACGAUGUACUACAUGACAAAAGACACAAAACAGACAAUGGUGAACAAUUUGAUAGAAUGUUUGAACUCAAAAGCUUGCCUGAAAAUAGAAACGAGACUCAUCCAAUACAUCUUGAGAAUUCCAGACGGGGUGGCUAUGAAUCUGUUGUCAUAGACGGCGAAUUGCCUGUCAUUUCUUCGGAAAAUAACGGAAAUGAUUAUGAUGAUCUUGAAAUAGUUACACAGCAUAAUAAAGAAUACAUGCAUAAUCAAAAACAAGAGGAAGAGAACAGGAAUAAAUCACCUGUUCAACAAGAAACCGUCGAAUAUGCGCAGGUAAAUGAGGCAACAAAGUUUAAAAAUAAAACAAAACAUAAUGACAAAGAUCAACCAACAUUAGACGCAAACGCAGAAACACAAGAAAUGAUUAACAUUAAAUCUGAAGAAAGAAUCCAAAAACAUGACGAGAAUGCUGACCAGUUUGAUACAACAAACAACGGGAAAAACCAUGACGAAGCUGAUUCAUCACUUAAAGAUAGUCAGAGGGCAUGCAACAUCAAAACAUUUGCACAUGGUGGCGAAGGAAAAACCAAAGUAGCUAGGGUUUGUCCAUCUAUAAGAUCGUUGGCAAGAUCUGAAGAUUAUAAGCAACAAGGAAACACAAAUGCUGAAAUACAAGAUGAAAUUAACGACAUAUCUGGUCAAACGGUACACAAUGAUGAGUACGUUGAUAUAACAGAGAAUCUAAGAAAACAGCAAACCAAUGGUGAUCUUGAAUCUUCAAACAAAUAUAACCAGAUAGGAUCGUACAUAAAUCCAGAAUUUGAAAGGAAAGAAUAUCAAGAAGUAGAUUCAGACUCUCCUCCAUGUCGAUCAUUCCACGGACUUCAAGAUGAAGGACAAAUACAUCAAAACAGUGAUAAGCAGCCUAACAACGAUAACGAAAAGGUUCACAUCUAACCGAAACAUUAAAAAGAGAUAUCAUUCAUUGAAGCGCAAAUUUUAAGUGGAUGCUAGUGCACCUGCACAUUUUUAUUAACAUUUUUUAUCAACAAUAGAUAUCUAAAGGUCAGCAUUAGAUUGACUGAUAAUGCCAAGACCAUUGCAAUAUAAGGUGUAAGUGAAUUUUAAAGUCAUACCUGAUGUGUUCAAUGCAAUGAAUCCGAUCUUUUAUAACACUGAAAUGCAAUGCCUUAAUGCAUUUCUGAUGACAUGUUGUAGAAUACAUUUCUAUAUUUCUACCGUCGCCUUUAUUUAAUUGAUGUGUUUUCUGCACGAAUAUCAAUAUUGGGACGAAAUGUAAAGCUUGUCAUAUUGUAUAUACACCUACUCAUUGUUGACGACUAUAUGUUGACUUAAAUAUUUCUUUAUGGGGAUUGUGGUAUUGGGUUGCUUUCUUUAACGUAUGCCCAUGGUGUUUACGUUCAUACUCAUACGUAAUAGAUUGCAAGUGCACAUAUUAACGACAUGAUUUCAUUAAGAUUUCAAUUUUGAUCUGAAAAUAUCAUAUCUGAAAAUUGUCAUGAUCUCUGAAUCCUAAGUGAAAAGACAACACUUUUAAAACAAAAGGUACACUAUUUUAUUAACAUAAUAAAAAAUGAAACGAAUUCAAGAGUCCGAUAAAACAAACUAUUUAAAGUGUGCUGCUCAAUGUGUUAUUUUAUUUUCAAGAGGAUUUCAUAAUAAUCGAUAUAAACAAGUCUGUAAUACAUAAACUAACAUAUACUUUAAAGGAGAUUAAAGAGUAAAUACAUAUCAAAUGUCAAAAGGGGACUGAUACAUGUAUGUAACACAAGAACGAAAGAAAAGAAAAAGUUGAAAUACAGACACGUCUGCAAAAUACUGCGUAUAAAACUUUAAGUUAACAUCACAAUGCAGGGAUAUAUAGUUCCUGUUCCACUUGUGGCAUUCGACGUCUUGCAUAUGACAUGUCUUAUACCGAAAAUAAUGCCGUUUUCGUUUGGUGAAAAAUCUUCUACUUGAUUAGAAGAACUGAAUUAUGAUUAUUUAGUACUUAGUUUGAUGAAUGAAGAACCCUUGCAAUCUAAACAAGUUUACAUUCCUUUUCAAUUUAUCCUUAACGUUUUUAAAAAGAAGACUAGUUCUUAAUGUAAACAAAUCAUCCAUGUAUAUUCGGGUUUUUUUCGAAAGAGGGGGGGGGGGGGGGGGGGGUAAAAUAAUAAGAAAUGCAUACCACUGAAAAUAUUUUAUCAAAGUGUUGAGUGACGUUUUUGUAAUAUAAAUAUAUUUUUAUUAUGCACAUAUAUACAAUGCUAGUGUUACUUUUUUUACCUUUGUUUAUAUCUAUUGUACCUUAUCAAUAAUGUCUUUAAUAUAUACAUACUACUCAGGAGGACACAUACAGUAUUGAUGUGGAUUGGGAUUCCAAAGAACGUCACUGUUAUCAUAUAUUUGUGUAGUUACGAAUAUGAUAACAAGUGUAGCAAAAACAGUUACUUCUAAUUUCCUGUGUUAUUUUGUUUUAUUUUAUAAUUUAAAUGGUUGUUUUAACAUGUAACUUAUGCAAAUAGUCUGGAUGUAUAACACCGUGAUUGCGAGGUAGACAAAAUGUGCAAAUAAUAAUGAAACGAUAUACAAGGAAGAUUUCUAAAGAAAAAGACAAAAUAGCUUUAAUAUCUUUUAAUAGCAACACUAAUACUAAAGCUGAAACACACACAAAUACCAGAAUGAUAUCUGUGCAAAUUCUUCAUAGAGUGCAAUAUAUAUAUCACGUGUUGGUCUUUGCCGUUUAAUCGAUAAGACCGCAUCCCAAUUGGUUUUAAGUGAAUAGAUUUUUUGAAGAGCGCUUUGACUAUAAACUAGCGACGCAAGAUAGAAAUUUUCAUAAAGCAAAUAUAAAUUUCUUUUAUUAAAUUAAGGGUCAAGUGUUACAAGUGUACUUUAAUAUUUCGUAACCGAUUAGAAAAUACUAGUUAACCGAUGGUCAAAAAUAAAAAAGGAAUUAUACAAAUAACGAUAAAAAACAAAACUGAGGGAAUCCGAUGAACUCCAAAAAAAGACCGAGAAGGUAAGCGUCUUCUUCUAUACCAACGUAAACAGACACAUUUUUUGUUACAUUGAUGUAAAACAAAUGACAAGGCUUUCCAAUCUUUAAUUAUCCAUCAUUGUAAAGACAUUUUAAACACUUAAUAUGCUGUACAUGUAUAUUAGCCUAUUGAUAACACUAUGGAUUUGUUGACCGCAUAUUUCAUAUUCUGCAAUAUUAAAGAGUUGAAAAACUUAUCCAUUUCUAUCAACAACUUAGUUCAAAUACUGCUAUUAUACACUCAUUUAUAUAAUUUCCUUAACACUGUUCUGUAUAGUUGCAUCAAUCAUUCAUAUCUAUGGAUACCUUGUGAUGAUUAUGUAUAUUGCCUAUUGUUAGACAUGUAUUAGUCUGAGUGUUUCUUAAUAAUAUGUUAUUGUAUUUUAUUUUAAUAAUUGAUACAAACAUAAAGUUAACUUUUUGUCUUGA